CGACUUUGACCGACGAAGCUCUGACUAAUCAACAACGUAGCUAGCUAAUCAAUUUGUUUUCCCCAUAACGUCAUUCAAUAGCUAACAUUAAACAUUAGCGUCUUUCCACGGUCUUUCCUUUCCUGCGUAUUGUAAACCGUGACUGCUUUUAAUUUUCUUUUUGAGGGCAAGGAUCUUACCAGAUUCUUGAAAAAUAAUAAAGUACCUACAGUGAAAAAACGUCUAAACCUACAUUCUGUUGGGUCAUAUAAAAUUACUGUAAUUUGAUACAAAAUCUUGUGCAAUACAAUAAAGCCAACAUGUCUCUGUACCCCUCGUUGGAAGAUAUGAAAGUGGACAAGAUGGUCCGAGCCCAAAUGGCUCAACACCAAGCACCACCUUCGUACCAUUCGACAUAUCAGCCGAUUGCUGCUCCACCAGCCGCGCCCGUCGCCCCUACUGCACCGAGACAUGUCUAUCCUGCACUUGGAGAAUAUAUGGGAUUGGAGCUUUCUCAAGAUGUCAUUGCAGUCAACAUGCCAGAAUAUCAGAUACAAACUGUGCAACCUUCUGGUGCAGUGAGUAUGAUAGCACCUAUCUCUUCUCAGUCCCCGAGUCUCUUGAAGGCACACGUCACCAAUGGUAUCAGACAAGUCAUACUUUGUAAAGAUAGAGAUGGGAAAUGUGGUUUGAGGCUCCACUCAGUUAAUAAUGGAAUUUUCGUAUGCUAUGUUGCGGCCGGCAGCCCAGCCGCUCUGGCUGGACUCAGAUUCGGUGACCAAAUUUUGGAGAUCAACAAUGUAACAGUGGCUGGAAUGUCCAUGGAGGAAUGUCAUGCUAUUCUCAAAAAGGCACCUACAAAUGGAAUCAAUAUGGCUGUUCGGGACAGGCCUUUUGAGAGGACUGUUACCCUGCAUAAGGAUUCUCUCGGACAUGUUGGAUUCCAAUUCAAAGAUGGCAAUAUUGUUGGAUUAGUGAAGGAUUCAUCCGCUGCCCGGAAUGGUCUAUUGACUGACCAUCAAUUAUUGGAAAUAAACACUGUCAACGUUGUGGGUAUGAAAGAUAAGGAGAUAUCAAAGGUGAUUGAUGCCAGCCCCUCCGUUGUAAACAUAACAAUUAUUCCACAAUAUAUCUACAAACAUAUGAUAAGCAAAAUGUCAUCCGCAUUGUUCAAAGAACUGGACCGCACACCUGCUGUGUAAAAUGGUAGGAAGUUGACAAAGGAAUAUUUUUGAAAUUAUAUUUCACAGAGGCACGAAUUUAUGUAGUUUUUAUAUUACCAGCACUAAAUUUUGUACUUUUAUCCUAAUUUAGAAGUUCUAUAGUGUCAAUUUAUUCAUAAGAUUCAGAUUAAAUUACUUUUAAAUGGUCAAAUUUGAUAAUAUUUAAUUUUCCAUACAUUCUGAUAUUCUGUAUAAUUUAUUUUAUUUUUCGUCACAAAAAAAACUUUUAGAAUGUGGAUAAAAAGAAUUAUUUUAAGGAUAAAAGGAUAAUCUUAAAGCUUUAGCCACAAAGCAAAUGUGCCAGUGCUGUGCCUUUGAUUUUCUGUGUAACAUACUGAGCAGAUUGCAGGUCCUGACCAAAAUAUAAUGCAAUGUGCUGUAUGACACUUAGAAAAUCAAAGACAGACCUUGCACAGAAUUGCUGUUGGAUAAGUACUUUAUUUGAUGUUUUGAGACAAAAUAUUCUAUGAUAAUUAUAUUGUCAUACAUUUCAGUUCAAAUAAUUAUGUUUAUACUGUAUGAUAGUCAGUAGGGGCUGUGAAGAACCAAUUUUGUUAUUACUACAUUAUUUCAAAAUUAUAAAUACCCGAAUUACUAAUUUUAUUCCUUAUAGAGAUCAAGAGAUCACUUAAAGCCCAGCGAUCAUUUGGUCACCAAAUCGUAUUAAACUUCGUCCAAUACAUUUUUACUAUGCACUAUUUCUAUGAUAAUAGAUGCGUUUAAUAGUAGGUAUAGGGGGGUUAAUCAUAUACUUAGUGAUUUGAUACCGUGACCUAGUGGACGUUGGGCUUAAUACUUACAAAUCGCCAAAUUGCUCUGAAUUCCGAUUUUAUUAAUAUUAUGAAGAAAGUAAGCCAAAGUUUACUAAUUUGUUUAAAAAUAAUUAUAACUGUUUUGAUAAUAACUUUUUGCAGCUAGGCCGUGUUCAGACUUACAGAUGACUAGCUCUGUUACACUCGGAAAGUGGUACUUGCACCAAACUUUGGAGGUCAUCAGUCAGUCUGGAAGCGACCUUAGUUGGAAUUUGUAACUUUAUAUAGGGUAUUUUGCCAUUUACAGUAGAUUAACAUUCAUUAAGCGCCAUAUAAGUAAAUAUAUAUUAUAUCACAUUCCGCAUCCAUAUAAUCAUCAUAGCAAUAAGCUGACAAAGAUAUUUAUAAAAAUAGUGUUGCAAAAAAAUCGAAGUAGGUAUUGAGUUAAGUUUUAUAUGUACGUAAUAAACUAAUGAAUAAUGAAUGAUUUAUUAUGAUUGCAUCCAAGUUAAGGAUUCAUAGAUGCCGUAUCUACUACAGAAUUGUGAUAGAGUAGGUACUCGCUACAAUGACACGAUUAAUUAAUUUUUAUAAUUAUUACUGUCCAUAAUUAUUAUUCAAAGAUUUAAAAAAUAUAUACUAGUUAUCUAUCUUCUUGCAAUGACAUAUGAUUAGGCGAUAUAGGAUUAGGUCUAGAUUUGUAUGUUUCAUACUGAACGGCCACAUUAAUUAAUAAUUUCUUACUUUUCUUUAAAAUAAAAUAUUAGUAAGUUAAAAAUUAAUAAUAAUUACUAAUAAAAAAAAACAUAUUUCAAUAUACGGACUGAAGUUGUUGGUUAAUGUGCUCGUUUGUACGUAUGUGUUUAAUAUUAAUACAUUUUUAUUCGCUUGUUUUGCCAUCUCAGGAACAGACUUAGUACGAGUUUGCACAUUUCGAUAGCGUUUUUCGAUUUCGAGUGUCGAACGUUAUAACGUCAGAGUUAUACCUACCUGUUUUAACGUACUUCGAGAUAUGCAGACUGGUGAUUCGUUAUGUGGAGAUGGUUAAAUAUUAUAGUUAUGCCAUGAUAAGAUUUUUAUAUUAAUGGAAAAUAAAAUUUAUAUUACAUUUA